AAAAAUCUAGCCUUCCGUCCCUCUAGAUUCUUCCUCCUAAAUUAUUCCGAUAUUUAAUUAAAGUUAUUUUUAAAUGAAAUUUAAUAAUAAAAAUUAAAAAUUAUAUCAAAAAUUUUAUAAAACAAUAAAAUUAUUUUAUUUUAUCAAAUAAUCAAAGUAAAAAAAAAGUUAAUAAAAUUUGUCGUGAAUAAUAAUUUGGUAGAUUUUUAGAGGGAAGGAAGGAUUAGGUGGCAGGGCGAGGGAAGGCUCCUUCGUCGCCGCUGCCAGUCCACGCACAGAUAUAUAAACAAUUGUACGGAGCAUUAUCUUCCAUCUCCCUCCCACGAUGUGCAGUUUAGAGAAGAGAGGCGACAUUUUCUAUCUUACGCUGACCGGCGUCGACGAGCACCGCCUGAACCCGGCUCUCAUAUCCUCCAUUGCCGCGUCGCUAGCGGGAGUCAAGUCCAAAGCGGAUCGGGGUUCCGUGCUGAUCACCAAAGCAGAGGGAAAUUUCUUCUCCAAUGGCUUCGACUUCAAAUACGCCCAGGCCGCCGGCUCGCCCGAGGCCGCCAUGGAUCGGCUGAAGCACAUGGUGGAGGCGUUCAAGCCGGUCGCAGCGGAGCUGAUCUCGCUCCCUAUGCCGACCAUCGCCGCCGUCACCGGACACGCCGCGGCGGCGGGGAUGAUGCUGGCGAUCUGCCACGACUACGUCGCGAUGAGGUCGGACAGAGGAGUCCUGUACAUGAGCGAGCUGGAUCUAGGCCUACCUCUGCCGGAGUACUUCACGGCGCUGAUCCGAUCGAAGGUGGGAUCGCGCGCCGCCCGGCGAUCGCUGGUGCUGCAAUCGGCGAAGCUGAGGGCGGGGGAGGCGAUAGGGCUGGGGCUGAUCGACUCGGCGCACGCUGGCGCGAAGGAGACGGUGGAUGCGGCGGAGCAAUUGGCUGAGACGCUGUCGAAGCGGCGGUGGGACGGCAAGAUCUAUGCGGAUUUGCGGAAGGCGUUGAUUCCGGAGGUUUGUUUGGUAUUUGGUUUGACUGAAAAUGUGUUGCCUUCCCGACUCUGAAAGUUGAAAUGAAGAAAUAGUACUGCUCCUAUGGUCCUUAUACUAUUCGUCUCUUGCCGAUCUACGGCUUCAAUAAUUGUGCAAUAUCAAU